CUGUGCCAAGAAAAUACACUUUUCAUUCUAAGGCACAUUUAGGACUGUCUUUUAAUAGAGUAGAAAAAUAUGCCAAAAAAAAAAUAAAAUUAAUGUUUACCUUUAAGGGUCUAUAAGGUCCAUUUGUGAUGGUUAAACCCCAUCCGAGUGCUCCUGUAAUUCAAAGUUAAAUGCUAUCAAUCCACCAAGUGAAUUUGCUACAUCAUCAAAGAUCCAAUAAGCUUAAUUAGAAAAGUGAUAAACAUGAGUAGUGACACUUUAGUGCUACACUUUAAUGAUAUGAGAUGUAAUUGGAGAGUAAAAACUGGCCAAGGUCAAUGCCAUUUGUAUCUUCAGUGAAUUGGACAGAGCAAAACGACGGAAAGUCCUUUAGAUAUUUCACCAUACAAAAACUCAUUUCAGGGAGGCACACUGCCACACAACCCGCCAUCAACAAGUUACAGUCACUACCAUAUAUGGUAUAUAUAUGGUGUAUAUACCUAUAUACAAAUUCCAAAUAAAACUAUUGUCAUUCAGAGCAUAUAUUUGCAGAAAAUGAGAAUUGAGAAAGAAAUGCAGAGCUUUCAGACCUCAGAUAAUGCAAAGAAAAAAAGUUCAUAUUCAUAAGGUUUUAAGAGUUCAGAAAUCAAUAUUUGGUGGAAUAAGCCUGGUUUUCAUGCAUCUUGACAUGUUCUCAUCCACCAGUCUUACACACUGCUUUUGUAUAACUUUAUGCCUUUACUCCUGGUGCAAAAAUGCAAGCAGUUCCCCUGGGUUUGGCUUAUGAUCAUCAAUCUUCCUCUUGACUAUAUUUUAAAGGUUUUCAAUUUGGUAAAAUCAUAGAAACUCAUACAUUUUGAGUGGUCUCUUAUUUAUUUUCAUGAACUGUAUAUAUAUAUUUGACUGUCCAAUGGUUUUAGAUCAUUUUCUGAGCAGUAAGUAAUGAUUUGCUUAUUUAAACAGUAGUAUUAGAAGAAAUAAUAAUAAAAAAAAAAGAACCGGCAGAACUAAACUGAACACUUUACUGUUUUCAAAUACAGUGAUGGAGUGUAAAUCCCACCCACAGAGAACACCAAUAGAACAGAAAUAGACCAAUCAGGAUGCUCUGUACAUCACACUCACUAUGUCGUUACUUACUCACUCUGUCUUGAUUGAUUGCUCCCAGAAACGUGUAUGAGCAGUCCUGAUUUUUGGGAUAUUGUAUAUGAUUUGCAGGUUUCAUGGAGCUGCUAUCAAUAAGCGUGAAAUGAGAAGUGAGAUGUCUCUAGUGCCAUAACAUAAAAAAAACCUUUGGACAUUUGAUCUCUUGCAGAUACAUUCAUUACCUAGCAAAACACAUCUACAGAUGUCUCAAGUGUGGGCUUUCUGCUGGUCUUACAUUACGACACGUGUGACACAUACUGUACAAAAGUUACUGUGAGUCAGUGCUGAAGAAUAAUAUCUUAAUUCCUGGUCUGAAGGAACUUACGAACUUUCACUUCUGUGUUUAAAACCCAACCACCAAGAAGUGUUACACAGAAACAGCCUUCUUUAAUUUGACAGCAGUUUCUGUUGGUGAUGAUUUAGUAUGAAAUGCCACAAGGAACGUAGUGAGUGAAUGAUUGCUGUGAUAUUUUGGGAGGUAUUAACAUUUACUACCAUUUUAUUAGAAUUUUGUCAAGGAGUUGACUUAAGGAACUUUGAGGGUGAAGAGAGGACAUGGCAACCGCUUCAGAAGCAUCUAUUCAGGUGAAGAUAGUGCUGCUGGGAGGACGAUGGGCAGGAAAGAGUUCAUGUGGAAACACCAUUCUGAACAAGGUGGUGUUCGGAAUUGGAGCUGAAGCAUGCGUUAUAGACACCAAUAAAAUCGCUGGUAUUCAAGUCACCGUGGUCGACACGCCUAGCUGGAACUGGGUUUCUGCAGAGGACACGUCUGAAGAACUUAAGCAGGAACUCAAAAGAAGCUCUGAGAUGCUUGGUGGAGGCCCCCAUGCGUUUCUUCUGGUUUAUCCUCUAGGAGCACCAUUUGUGAAGAGGCACAAGAUUGCAGUGCAGGAGCAUUUAGAGCUUUUUGGAUCUGAUGUUUGGGACCACACCAUGGUGUUGUUUUCUAGAGGAGAUUGGUUGGGGGAGAAGACUGUUGAACAGCAUUUAGAGGGAGCGAAGGAAGAACUCCAGUGGUUGGUGAAACAGUGUAAGGACAGGUAUCAUGUUCUCAACAAUAAAGUCAGAACAGAUGAGAUGCAAGUCGUAGAACUACUGGAGAAGAUAAAGAGGAUGAUACUAAAGAAGAGGAAGUGGAGCAAGACUGAACCACCUGAACUGUCUGGAGAAACAUCUGCUGCUGCUGAACUGGGAGAACCUUCAUUUAAAAGACCAAAGUGACCAUGACUUUUUGUUGUUAGGUCUAUAUUAUGCAUGAUUUUAUGAUUUUUAUUUUUGUAUUUUAUUUUCUUUUAUGUUACUUGUAGAAAAUAAGGAAACAUAAUCUGAGGUUAUGUUCAUCUGAUUUCUAGAAAAUAAAUUCAAUCACUAAAUAAAUAAUAAAAAAAA